GUUCGUUUUGUAACAUAUGGAAGAGAGUAUCAACCAAGUAAUAUAGUAAGAAAACGUAGACAUGGGUUUUUAGCAAGAUUACGAAGUAAAAGUGGAAGAAAAAUACUUACAAGACGACGUAUGAAAGGUCGUAAAUAUUUAUCACAUUAA